AUGGCGGAAGCGGUGCGGGACUCGCUGGCGGGUGAAAACUCUCCAAAGGCGAAGCAGAUGACCGACAAGGACAAGGCAGCACUGCUGCAGCUGCAGAAGAUGCAAGAAAUGUUCAAAAAGAAGCAGAAGGAGAAGGAGGAGGCGGCCGCGAAAGCCCAGGCCCAGGCCCAACCCGCAGAGGAAAAGAAGGAAGCUCCCGCUCCCAGAUCGGAACCCCGCUCGGCGCCCAAGGCGCGGGAGGACGCGCCGACGCCGCCGCGGGAAGCCCCGCCGCGGGAGGUGCGGGUUGGGGGCGUGCGCUUCCAAGUGGGCAAGCAGUCAAAGACUCCGCAGCAGAUACAGGAGGAGCGGCAACAGGCGGCCAUCCUGGCAGCGCAGCAGGAGGCGGCGCGGCGCCUUGCGGAGAAGAAGAAGGCGGCGGAGGAGCAGGCGCAGCGAGAGGCUGCGCGCAAGGCGGCAGAGGACCUGGCUGCCAGGCGCAAAGCGGAGGAGGAGGCCGCAGCCCGCGAGGCGCUGAGGCGCAAGGAAGAGGAGCUGCAGGCCAAGCAGCGGGCGGCUGAGGAGGCCGCGCGGCAAGAGGCGGCCCGAAAACAAGCGGAAAGGCGGAAGGAGGAGGAAGAGGAAGCGCGGCGGGAGGCUGCGCGCCGGGAGGAGGAGGAGUUGGCGGCGAAGCAGAAGGCGGCGGAGCAGGCGGCGCGGCGCGAAGCGGCGCGCCUGCAGGCGGAGAAGGAGCAGCAAGCUGCCCAGAAAAAGGCGCAGGAGGACGCUGUGCGACAGGACGCCAUCAGACGGGAAGCUGCCAAAGCGGCCGAGCAGCAAAUCUUCUCGCAGCAGAAGCAGAAGGCGGAGGACGAGGCGGCGGUGAGGGAGCAGGAGAGUCCAUCCGUCGCCAGGCGGCCAAGCAGGCGGAGCAGCAGCUGCUGGACCAGUCCAGGCAGAAAGCGGCCGACGCCGACCGGAAGGAGGAGGAAAUCAGACGACGGGCUGCUGAGGAGGCAAACCACCAAAUCGCGACACAGCAGCAAUCGGCGAAAAGGAAGGCCGAGGAAGCCGCGCUGCAGGAGCAGGAGGAGGUCAAACGGCAGGCGGCCAAGAAGGCUGAGGCGGAGAUUUUCGCCAAGCCGGCGCAAGACGCCAAGGCGCAUGUCACACCGCCGCCGCCGCCUGCGGCAGUGCAGCCGGCGCAAGAUGCGCUGGAGCAACAGCAGCUCCAGCAGCAGCAGCUGCUGCAACAGCAGCAGUACCAGCAACAACUGCAACAACAGCAGUACAUGCAACAACAGCAGAUGUUGCAGCAACAGCAGUACCAGCAACAGCUGCAGCAGCAGCAAUAUCAGCAGAUGCAAAUGCAGGGCCAGCAGGUCUACCAAGAUCCCUAUCAGCAGCAGGCCAUGA